AUGCCAGGAAGACCGAGUAAACGCGAAACCUAUGACAACACCGUAACUUCAUUAGUAAAGCGAUACGAGAGGUUCACGAGACUCACGAAUGUAAUGGUUUCCCGGGAUUUGGAUGAAUACGUGUCGGACGUACAGAGGUUGGCCUCCGAUCAGUCGGUGGACAUCCGAGUGGUCGGGCAUGUGAUCACACACUCCACCACUUUUCUCAUCCAAAUUCACGGAACCUUUAUGAUUGUCGCCUGGCUAGAAUGUGUGAGCGUAGCUAUAUUCAUGGCCCGGUAUUUCAAGCACCUGUGGCUCGAGGAAACACUAUUUGGAGUUCAGAUAUGGUUUGCGGGUCCGCACCAGUUGUUUGGUUUGGCAGCCAUUAUAAUAUCGGUGGUGAACCCGAUUGGGGCCGCAAUGAGACCCAAACCCUUGUCGUCCAAGCGAUGGAUAUUUAAUUGGUUUCANCAAUGA